AUGGCAACAUCUAACAAAAAUGGUUUAGUUGUCACAAAUUAAGUUAUUUAUAAAAAUAAAGGUUUUGCCACAAAAUCUGUUUUAAUUAACUAAAACCAAGCAAAUAUAAAGCUUAAAUAUUACGCUGACGUGAAGCAAUAAGAAGCUGUAAUAGUAAUAUAGCAAAAAUUAUAUUUUAAUAAACACAGGUAUUUUCGUCUUUUUUUAGAAGGAAAUAAAAUUGUAAUUUUCUUGAUUCAGAAAACAACAUGAAAAAAGUUGCACGUAUGCGUUUGUCUCCCAACAACAUGAAUGAGGAAGUAAGCAAUAAUCACAAUACUGCGGGACAAAGUUCACAUAAUGAACCCUUAGUACGUACGACAGGACGUAUUAAGAAACCCAAAGCAGUAUUUGAUCCCUCAGACAACUACUUGCCACGCGCUCAACGUUCACUGAAUGCAGGAGCUUUGCAUCAUAAUACGACAUCUUCGUUGGAAAGGCGUGCCAGUUAUACAAAGGCCUCGACUGUAUCGCCGAUCGCGGACCAUAUUGAAGCUAAAGCUAAAGAUGCUUGUACUGUUUGCAAGAAAAAGGAAUCGAAGCGUCCCGUAUUUGCCAAUAAAAAUCCCCUAAUAACUUGUCAGGAGUGUCAGCGUAAAAUACAUAAACUCUGUUUAAAGGUUGAUUUCGAAGACUUUGAAAGCAUUCAACGUAACUACAAAUGUGAUCUUUGCUGUAACUGUAGAAUAUGCAAUGAUAAAUUUACUAAUCCCGAAGAGGAAAUGAUCACUUGCUCGAAAUGUACGAAAUCUUUUCAUCUGGUUUGCUUCCCCUCCAAGAUUGUAAAAACUGAUAUUCAGCGCAAUUGGAAGUGUAACAAGUGUCAGGUCUACAAUCACAUUACUAAUGGCACCACUCUACCAGUUAAGAAAAUACGUGAAAUUAUAGGAGGGGGAGAACCAAUGGUGCAAACAACUUCUGCUAAAUCGGCCAGUGCUGCAAAUGAGAAAACUUCUGCUGUUGAAUCAACCAGUAACGAGGCAAUACCAAGUUCUACUUCUCCUUCAUCGCAAAAAAGAUUAAAUGAUUCAAAAGAAGUAGCAGAAACAGUUGAGUCCAGCCCUCCGCCGGAAAAACGUGCCAAGGUUACGACUCAGUCUCCCGAUACCAUUAGUGUGGAAACCACUUCACUAAAUACGCCUUUAAAAACAGAUUCUACGGUGCUUUGUUAUACGCCCAAUGAAAAUUUCGAUGAUAUUCCUGAUGUGAAGGAAUGGUCUGUCGAUCAGGUGUAUGAAUAUUUUUUCAAACACUUUCCCAAUGAAGCUCACGUGUUUAAGGACGAAGAAAUUGAUGGCCGUUCUUUGCUUUUGUUGAAACGCAGCGAUGUUGUUAAAAAACUCCCCAUCAAGUUGGGACCAUCUUUACGUAUUUAUAGUCUCAUUUUAAAGAUACAGGCUCAAUUAAAUGAUCCCACCUUGGGUUGGAAUUGUGGUUUAUAAAUGAUUUUUUUUUUUUUGAAAUGGUAAAUCUACUGGGUAGAUUAACAUUUUUUCGUAUUUUUCUUUACAAUUUUUUUCUUUCAUACAUAAUCAUAUUAUUAUUAACAUUAGUUAUAAGUUUUCUUUUAAACCAUUUAAAUAUUUUCAUCAUUUAAUUUCUUAAAAAGAAGAAAAAAACAUUUUCUAUACUUUGGAUUCUACAUUAUUCGUUUAAUGUAAAUUUAGUAAUAAUGACAUUUCAUUAAUUUUUAUUUUAUUUCUU